GUCAGUGGUGAGGAGAGCGUGUUCUAGGACCUUGAAGACGGCUGCUGCUCGGCUACUGCAGAGGGAGUUCCUUCUCAGAGAGAGGCUGUUUACGAAGAAAACUGGAAUCUUUCUUCUCUUCGACAAUAACAACGACUCGACUUCAGCGAGGGGAGCAGUUUGACUGAACUAUUCAGCAUAGGCUUUUCUGUUUUUCGAAAAAAUAUUAUAUUUCUUUGAAGCAUUUAAAAAGAAAUCGUUCGUGCAGUAUGUUUCCAUUUGUUUCUUCACCCCGAAAACUUAGCAAGAUGCUUUUCUCAUUGCACUUUGUUUUGCUAAGCGUUGCAGUGGUGGUCGACAGCACAAUUAAAGACUGCAUCACCGCCAGCGGCGAGGACUACAGAGGCGGAAAGAGCAGCGCUUCCACGGGACAAACCUGUCUGAACUGGACCAACACUACCAGAGACUAUGAUGUUACAAGCCGCUCUGACUCGGAACAUGGUGUUGGAGACCAUAACUACUGCCGUAACCCCGACGCGUCCAGCCAGCCCUGGUGCUACGUGUCCGGCCUGGACGCACAGAUCCACAGACUCUCCUGUGCCCUCCAACCUUGCCAAGAACAAGCAGUACCGGCUGAGGCUGGUUCAGAGGCCGAGGCUGGUUCAGAGCAGACCCCGUCUCUGCGGUGGCCUUCCAGCCCGACCAGCCCGCCCCCGACCAGCCCGCCCCCGACCAGCCCGCCCCCCGACCAGCCCGCCCCCCGGUCAGGAAGAAGGGCUGCCGUCCAGCCUGUCAUGGGCAUCAGCCAGCGCGUACGCACCGGACCAACGAAGAAGAAGGACCUCGGCACUCUGGGCUACGUUCUGGGCGUCCUCAUGAUGGGCCUCAUCAUCCUGCUCGGAGUGGGCAUCAGCGUGGGCUUCUUCUAUAAGAGGGGUCGUGACCUGAAGAAGCACCACGAGCAGCGCGUGUACGAGCGGGAGAUGCAGCGUAUCACCCUGCCUCUGUCCGCCUUCUCCAACCCCACCUGCGAGCUGAUGGACGAGAACACCAUCGUGAUCACGGCCGGAGACACCACCCCCGGCCAGGACGGGGGCGUGGAGGAGGGCGGAGACCCCCUCAUGGCCUCCGCGGGCACCCCCGGAGGCUUAGACCCCCCCCAUGGGGUCGCAGAACGGACCGUGACGAGGACCAAAACCAAUCCACCCCCCGCCCCCUCCUCUCUCUCUGCCCUCUUAGACCCCCUCCCCGUUUUACCGAGCUGUGAGGCGAAGGGGAGCUCCAAAGACUGAACUGACGUCUGUGUCGCUACGAUAUCCUGCAUGUCAAGGCGGGUUUGUCACGAACAGGAAGUGACACGUGGCGAGAAGCCGUUGUGGGGGGAAGGAGAGAUGGGUGUGUACAAAAGUGCAUGUCUGGGGUGCACGUUGAACUGUUCGAUAUUUAUAUAAAAUAACUUGAUGCCUGGGCAGACCUGUUUCUCUUGUAGCUGGUUUGAAUGUCUUGUGAAUGGGGAUUAGCAUCAAUCGUUGUUUAUAUUGGGUUGUGAUUUUCAGAGAAUUGCUGUGUUAAGAAGGUAUCUGAUGUCAUUAUAAGAUGACACUCUGAGGCGUUCCACGCUAGCAGGGCCGAGCUGACGUAGAGGUCAGUCCUUCCUCACAGCUGCUCCCCCUGGAUGGCUGGGACAGGGUCUAAUGUCGCUAAGAAAGACCAGAGAGCUCUUGUACUGGUGUUACUUGUUGGGUGAGCUGUAUCAUAGCAGGAUGAGGGGGUUCUGAGGGUGACGCUGGUCUGGGGGAUGUCGCCCAGUCUGACCCUGUGACAGUGCCUUAGAGCGAUGCCUCUGACUGGCCCUCAUGUGAAGGUGCCUUAGAGCGAUGCCUCUGACUGGCCCUCAUGUGAAGGUGCCUUAGAGCGAUGCCUCUGACUGGCCCUCAUGUGAAGGUGCCUUAGAGCGAUGCCUCUGACUGGCCCUCAUGUGAAGGUGCCUUAGAGCGAUGCCUCUGACUGGCCCUCAUGUGAAGGUGCCUUAGAGCGAUGCCUCUGACUGGCCCUCAUGUGAAGGUGCCUUAGAGCGAUGCCUCUGACUGGCCCUCAUGUGAAGGUGCCUUAGAGCGAUGCCUCUGACCGUGGCCCUCCCUGGGGCGGUGCUGGCAGGAGUCCAAACCUCCGGCUGCCACAGGUUAAGCACUGACAGGACAAAGGGAGAUGUGUGUGUGUGCGAACCUGAGAAGACAGGCCGUACUCGGAACUGCCGGGACUCGGUCGAGCACAGUCGUCUGGUGAGAACCGGACAGAACCGGUCUCCUACGCUCAGUACAAUGGAGCCACACUGUCUACGAAGCCUGGAGCUUAGAUUUGAUUUGGACCAUUGAAUUAUGUGAACUAUAUUUUGGGACACAUUGAGGGAUAAUUAUGGAAGAUUCAGAAGGAACAGCUGAAUACUUUUUCAAAGGUCCAUGAUGUGAUGCGAUGGUGGUUACUGCUGAAAGCACAGAGAUAAUGAAUGUCAUCAGUCCAUUAAUCAUUGACUACUUUACAAUCUAGUAAAUUAAGUUUAUUCUGUUUCUGUGCUACUGUUGUAAUGUCACUUCAAAUUGUCUUUUUGGGGUGAUUCCAUUUAAAAGUUACUUGAUCUGUAUCACUGGUCAUUUUGUUUGUCUUUUUUUGUUGUUGCUUAUUGUAAAUACUUGAUUUACCUUUUGCAAUGGAUUUAAGUUCGGUUUCAUAAAUAGUUAUUGUAUUUGUAUGUUUGGCAGAUUUUACUGCUGUGACAAAGAAAUAAAACUGAUUAAAAAAAGAA